GAAAGAUCUGAUCAUCAAUUGGUUGUAUGCUAUCUUCGUGUAUCUGAAUACCGAUCGGUUCGUGCUCUAAUCGGUUUAUAUCAACGUGAAACAAAUCAAGAAAUACGCGCUAAAUUGCUCAGAUGUAUUGGAAUAUGUUGUUCUUUAGAUUCUGCUUGUAUUCAUAUCUGUCUUGAAUCAGUUCUUCCUAAUGAACUCAUUCGAGAAAUACGAUGCACUACAGAACAGG